GGGGGUUGUAGUUUUCCUUCUAUAAUUUCUAGCUUCAGAUCUGUGCUUCAUCCAGCUAUAAAGAACAGCAGUUCCCAUAAUACAGCAAAACACACCACCACUGUGAUGCGUGUGUUUUUGUUAUUGUUGUAGGUUAGUGGAACAGCUGAGAGCGAAGAGACGUCAUUGUGCAUCUUUAAAAAAACGUUUAAUCGUUUUCUGACACGGAUGGACUUUGUCUGCCUUUAAUCUAAAUAGGGACGGAUCAAUUGGACAAUCUGCAGAGCAAACAGACCAGAAUAAGGUACUCACCAGUGUUAUUGUGUUGCCAUGGAGAAGGCUUGGAGGGUGGAGUUUAGGAACGUGGGUAGUAGCUACUUCCCUCAGAGCCGCGUGGAAUGCCACUACAGCAUCAGCUCGCAACAUACCUGGGCCAGCCAUGACUGGGUCGGACUCUUCAAGGUGGGAUGGUUGUCAGUGAAGGACUACCACACCUUUGUUUGGGCCCUGGCCCCGGAAGGCUACCAGGAGGGCACAGAUGUCAACUGCUGUGUUAACUUCCAGGCCUCCUAUCUGCCCAAGUCCAGUUCCCAGCAGUACCAGUUUGUGUACGUGGAUGGGAAGGGAGAGGUGUGCUCUGCCAGCUCCCAGUUUACCUUCAGCGCCCCUAAACCUUUGGAGGACCUGGUCACCUUGGAGGAAGGAGCCCACGGAGAGGAGGGGGGGACCGACAUGCUUCUGGUCGUACCCAGGGCCGAGCUACUGCAGAGUCGCCUGCAAGAGUGUCUUCGGGAGCGAGCCGAGCUGCUCCAUGCACGCGAGGCAGCCGAGAGGAUGAAGGAGAGAGAGAGGGAGAAGUACAGGAGGGCAAGAGAGGCGUGGGACAGAGGCUGCGAGGAGCUGGAGAGGAACAUUGCGGACCUGAAGGAAGAGCUGCGAGAAAGCAGAGAUAGGGUGGAAGAGAUGGAGAGGAGGCAGGAGGAGGUGGAGGCAUCAGGAGAGGCCUUGGCUCAAGAGAAGAGCUCCAUACUGACUAUGAAAGCAGCCAGCGAACAGCGAAUCAGAGAGCUGGAGGAUGACAUUAAAGCCCUGGCACUGAAGGCCUUGGAACGAGAGACUGAACUAGAGAGGAUGAAGGAGAGGGCCAAGAAGCAAGCAGUUCAAAGGAGGGAGGAGGAGAAAGAGAGGAAAGUUCUGCAGCUCAAGCUGGAGCAGUCCGAGGGGGAGCUGCGCAGUCUGUCUGCUGAGUUCCAGGGUCUGAGGAGCUCCCUGGCCCAGAGAGACACACACGCCCUACAGCUACGGGACACCAUCACCACCCUCACAUACAGGCUGAGUACGGCGCAGCGGAAAGAGGCGGAGAGCGAGGCCGCCCUGGCUGAGAUGCGGGGCCUGCGGGAGCGUCUGGGGGCCAGCGAGCGUUGUGCCGAGGGCCUGAAGGGAGAGCUGUGUGCCCUGGUGGCCCAGAGGGACCAGGGCCAGACAGAGCUGCACCAGGCCAGGCUCCAAGCGGCACAGCUCACCCUGCAGCUAGCCGACGCCAGCCUGGCCCUGAGGGAGGCCAGAGCACACUGGGCCCAGGAGAGACAGAGCCUGCAGUGCAGCACUGAGAAGGCCAGAGAGCGUCUGGAGAAGCUGAAUGGAGAGACGCAACGGAUAGAGAAGAAGCUCCAGGAGGAGAGGAUGGAGAGAGAGAAGGUGGAAGUGGAGCUGGGAAGAGAGAAGGACUGCAACCGGGUGCAGCUGGGUGAGACAUGCAGGGAGCUCCAGGAGCUGAAGGCCAGUCUGAGGGUGGCCCAGAAGGAGAAGGAGCAGCUGCUGCUGGAGCAACAGGACCUGAUGGAGUACAUGGGUCAGGUGGAACAGAGGAGGGAGGCUUUGGCAGAUGCCAAGUGGAGCGCUGCGUUGUUCGCCUCCACCAGCCUCCAUGACAGUCCUCUGUCUGACUCUGAGGAUGAGAACCCUGAGGCCCUGCAGCCCUCCCGCCAACCCUGCAGGCAGCCCCCCCCCUCCUCCCGCCCCCUUGCCCACUACAGCCUGUGUGACCCCCAGGCCCAGCCUGACUCCCUGCUCCCCUCCACCCCCCCUUCCUCCCCCAGAGACAUGUCCCGGUCCCUGUCCCGAGGGGGCGUCGUCAUCAGCCAGCCCGCUCCCCUGUUGUUGCCCAGGCAAUCGGGCGGAGACACCCUAACACACAGCUCUGAGUCGGAGGAGGAGAAUAACACCGACCAGUGCGGAGGACACAGCUCUGGAGAGGAGGCAGCCCUGCUGCUGCCUGAGACCACAGACACAGUCCUCAGUGACCUGGCUAAUACCUCUCAGUGGUAGAGAGCGGAGAUACAGGACCAA